GUUACAAAUGAAGAAGAGCGACGAAGAUUUGAUGGAGCAUUUACAGAAAGGAAUUGGACCGUCAAUCACUUGGGACAUCUAUGCAGUUUGAUACAUUUGGAUUUACAGCUGCAGAACUUGGUCGUAAACAAGCUGAAAGGGAACAACAACAGAGGCCAUCAGCUAUUCCUGGGCUUGUUCCUGAUGAAAUAAUUCUUCCAGUCACAAAGUCUAUUGGUGUAAAAUUGUUGCUGAAGAUGGAAUGGCGACAUGGUCACUCAAUUAAGGAUUCCAAUGCGAACUCACAAUAUGAUGCUCGGAGAGAAGCUCGUAAAGCUUUCUUGGCCUUUUCUUCUGAUGAUUCAAAAGCACAGCUUGCUGAAUCUGAGCCUGUCAAGGGCAACAUUGAAAGUUCUACGGAACCGCCUGCUAAUGAUGAUGUUCUGUCAUACAAAAGCACACCUGUGAGAAAUUUUCCAUAUAUAGAUCAAUUGAUACAUGAAGAACUGAUCUUUUAUGAUUUUUUUCUCAACAAGUUAUUCUAUGGAUUCGCUCAAACUUAUGCCCAUUUAUCUAUAUGUCUUCGCUUAGAAAUUUCACAGGCACUUCUUAAAGAUAUUGAAGAGUCAAGAAUUGCAAUCAUUAUACUCUCUCAAAACUAUGCAUCAUCCACAUGGUGCUUAGAUGAGUUGAUGAAGAUCCUUGAUUGUAACAAAACAGGACAACAAAUUGUUCUACCUGUGUUUUACAACAUAGAUCCAUUAGAAUUAUGA